CACGCUGACAAUCAUUCGAAGCUCACUCACGACAACGCGUUCGCGUUCGUCGCUUCGUUCUAAGAUAAACCCACGCACACGUUCACUUAGGGAUCUCCUCUGGCUGUCUCGGCUGCAUGUGUAGAUACCGCUUAGAUUACACACAUCUCGUCGUUGUAUCGAUAUUCGUAAUAAGAGUAGCGUACGUGUAAUUUUACAUGUGUAUGUAUAUGUCGUCUAGCUCGUAAGUAGAAUCCAGUCUGCUUGGUGUACUCGCGUACGUACGACACCAAAGUUUCUCGCGAGCCUUGGCGAGUCAAAGAUUUACUCUCACCGCGCGCGUCUCACGUCCGAACGAUUACGCUUGGAGUCGAUUACUAUCGAUCGCCGUAUUCUGAUCGAGAUCCGCGAUACCGAUUGUCAAUCGAACGUUUACUCUCUCGUCGCUGCUCUAUUGAGAUCGGCUCUCACCGUCUCUCUCUCUCUCUCUCUCUUUCUUUCUCUCAUAACGAAAACACGUGCAUCGGUCGAUCCACCGAGCGAAGAAGAGAAAAUAUAACGGUUGGUCGAGCGUCCUGUCCUAAGGGAAGGACGACGAGGAAGCAACGAAAAUAAGAGAGACACGAGGAAAAGCGGUGUCCCUGAACGGGGACCGGCGGGAGGAGAACAAGGGCGGGUGCUGGUUCAAGCUGUGGUGGCCCACGUUUGAGUGGAAUCGCUCGUGCAAAACGGAAACUCGCUACCAGGCCGUUUCGCUGGAACGCGCGCAGGAACGCGCUCGUACCCUUUGGAGCCUGCAGCAGUCGUUUGCGGCCGCGGCGCAUCGCGGACUCUUCUCGUAUCCUCCUACGAGCAAGUCCUGGCUCGCGGAGACGUUCAUCGACGCUGACGAGGCACGUUCCCCCAUCACCACGUAUUUUCAUUCGUACCCGUUCGUCCCGGGUGGUGCGGUGCCCCUGCCCCCGCCCCUGCUAAACGGCAUUAACAAUCCGGCGGCAGCAGCGAUCACCCCGGGGCUAGUGGGACAUCUUUUCGGUGCUCAGCAGGCUUGCAAUCUCGCCUGCACCUGCUCUUGCAACAUCGUUACUAACUGCAACCCCCAUCAUCAUCAGCAUCACCAGCAGCAGCAGCAGCAGCAGCAGCAACAGCAGCAGCAGCAGCAUCAUAGGACACUCGGUACCACGGCGGUCCUACUGCAACCAGUUGAUCAUAUCAAAGACACUAUGGUGAGUGUCCAGGAAUUCCAGUACCCACGCGGGACGGGCGCGUCCCUGACGAUGAGGGGUAGCGACGAGCUUCUGUCGCAAAGCGGGGCAGUCAGCAAUGGUGCUUCAAUGAGUCCUCAACCACAUCACGCAGCCGACAACAACAAUGACGCUAAGAAAGUUAAGCUCGACAAGAGUCACAGCGGCAAACCUUCCCGAGUCAUUCAUAUCAGGAACAUACCUAACGAGGUGUCUGAGGCGGAGAUCAUCCAUCUGGGUCUGCCCUUCGGCCGCGUCACCAAUGUCCUCGUCCUCAAAGGAAAGAAUCAAGCAUUUUUGGAAAUGGCGGAUGAGAAUGCUGCGGCGACAAUGGUGACCUACUACGCUUCUGGCAUGGCGCAACUCAGAGGCAGAGCGGUGUACGUGCAGUUCAGCAAUCACCGUGAACUCAAGACGGACCAAACGCACUCCAACAACGCGGUCAGUAGCCCAACAAAUGAUGUCGCCAACACUUCUGAGAAUUCGAACAGUCAGAUCGUGAUUCCUGGGCAAAAUCAGAUCACCAGUGCCGGCGAGACUCAAGGCGGACCCAACACGGUUCUUCGAGUCAUCGUCGAACACAUGCUUUAUCCGAUAACCCUCGACAUUCUGUACCAGAUUUUCACGCGCUUCGGCAAAGUUCUGAAGAUCGUCACCUUCACAAAGAACAGCUCCUUCCAGGCACUAAUACAGUACGCGGACAUGCUGUCGGCGCAGACCGCUAAAUUCUCGCUCGACGGGCAGAAUGUCUACAAUUCCUGCUGCACGCUGCGCAUAGACUACAGCAAGAUGCAGAAUCUCAAUGUCAAGUAUAACAACGACAAGUCCCGGGAUUACACCAAUCCGAAUCUUCCGACCGGUGAUGCGAAUCUGGACGCGGCGUCGCUCGCCCUCGGCGGUGAGUUGCUGCCCCAAUUGCUGAUGGGCGCCGGCUCCCAGCCGCGUGCCAGAAUACCUGUAGAGUCCAUUGCAGGGGCACCGGGUGUGCUUCCCACGCCAUUCGCGGCCAUGCACGGCCUUCCGUCGCCCCUGGCCGGUCCGUACAACGGCGUACCUCCGGCCGGAGGGCUCGCCGGCCUCGGCGGAUUUCCUCUCGGCGCGGCCGGUCUGGGCGUGCGGGUGCAAGGAAGCGCGCAAGCGUCGGCCGUGUUGCUGGUCAGCAAUCUCAACGAGGAGAUGGUCACGCCUGACGCUCUCUUUACCCUGUUUGGCGUUUAUGGGGAUGUACAGCGUGUGAAGAUCCUCUACAACAAAAAGGACUCGGCACUAAUACAGAUGGCCGAACCUCAUCAAGCGCUCUUAGCGCUGACUCAUAUGGACAAGUUGAGAGUAUUUGGAAAGCAGAUCAAAGUAAUGCUCAGUAAACAUCAAACGGUCCAAUUGCCAAAGGAGGGACAACCAGACGCGGGUCUUACAAAGGAUUACACUAACAGCACUCUUCAUCGAUUCAAGAAACCCGGCUCGAAAAAUUAUCAAAACAUCUAUCCGCCGAGCGCGACCCUGCAUUUAUCAAACAUUCCAGCUACGGUAGCUGAAGAGGAGAUCAAGGAAGCUUUUACCAAGAACGGCUUCACCGUGAAAGCCUUCAAGUUCUUCCCGAAGGACAGGAAGAUGGCUCUCAUACAGAUGCCUAACAUGGACGAUGCCGUGGCUGCGCUGAUCAAAAUGCACAACUACCAGCUCAGCGAGUCCAACCACCUCAGAGUGUCAUUCUCCAAGAGUAACAUCUAACAAGAAUCACCACUCCACGAGCAGCAGUGGUACCAGCCCUAUGCCCUAGUUCCCCUUUGGUCACCCGUUUCGGUCUACGACUGAUGGUCCCGCAGUUGAAACCCGCUCAGGUGCUCGUGUCCAUUCCUACGAGGGUCGCGACGCUGUUGUUGCCGACUGCACUGCAUACGAGACCUAUUUACGGAACUGCAUCGCGCAUUUGUACUCCGGAGUAACACAGGCAACAAGUGGACGGGCGUUAACCUUGUCCAAACGAGCUUAGAAUGCUUUCGACCCUGUCCUUGGUGCUGGGACGUCUUUACGGCGUGAAUAUUUCCGCAUCCGGUUGAUCCUGUCGACUCGAGGGUUGCUAGGGUGUUUUGUGAUGUACCAGGGCUGCGAGUAGAACCAGCAGCAGAUGAAUUCGCGACGGCCUUCUGGAAAGUAGUUUCCGGUGCUGGCUUUCGAAUAUAGUUUUAACGUGACAAUUUCGAGAUUUUAUAAUCUUGGAAACAGAAAUGAAUGAUAAUGUGCCCGUUUAAAAUUGUUCAUGGCGCAGAUUGUGGAAAGGGAAAGAGAAAAAUUAGGAUUUGAUCGAUCACUUGUGAAAGCCAGGAUCGUUGCGUCAAAAGAGACAUAGAGAUAUAAAAAAAAAGAGAGAGAGAGAGAGAAAGAGAGAGAAGCAGAUGACACGAAGAGCCUAGCAUCUGUAGGCAUGCAGCACAUGGUAUGAGGAAUUAAGAUUGAAUAGGAGCGAGUUAACGUUAGAGAAGCUAACAUACGUUAUUAUACAUAAAAAAUUCACGAUCGCGCGGUCCGGACCGCUACACUGAUUACGAUUAAGGAUUUUUCAAAGUUGCGUGGAUACUAGAGUGACCAUUUCGCGAUAAAACGCGCACGACGGCGUUCGUAUAUCGGUUCGAAGGCAGAUCUCCGCGUCAUCGGUGUUUGUUCGACGAGCGGACAAUGAUUGCGAAAGAGAGGAGAGGAAGCCAGACCCGAGAAAAUCGGCGAGGCUUCUGCCCGAUGAUCGUCGUACUCGUCGUACGAUCACGCGCGCGACGCGGCGGCCGACAACCCACAGCAGCGUUUUUCCGCGAGACAAUCUUCAUUCUACUGACGACCAAACAAACGCGCGAUCGAACGUACUUUUUCGUGGCUUCCGUUCCGUUCAAGGGCGAGACAAUAUGAUCGAUAAUGUUUUGAGGAUCGAGUACGACGGGAACGGGCGUAUGUUAAUGAUCGAGCGUCUUAAGUAAGAAAACCGCCAAUGUCACGGGACCCUUGCAGGCUUAAGGUACUACUAAUUCCGCCGACGAACCGAUCGAUUUUGCAUUGAUGAUAAAGCAAGAUGAAAAACGAAGGAAAAAAGAAAAAAAAAAAAAAGAGUUGAAGCGAUUGCAUCAUCCGUCUUCAAAAUUCUUCCGGACUCGUUUUUUGUGAGUGACGUUUUUCACAGUAGGUCGAUCCGUUCGUAAGGCGGAAGCAAAGCAAUUAUCAAAGUCGUUGCGUUCUGAGAGCUACUUUAUUAGACGGACUCCGCACCGAACGUAUCCGACCCGCUCGACUUACGUUUACGCUUCUUCGAGGGCGGGUCUCUCGCUCUCGGGGACACUUCCAGUAUUCUCGACUGUCCGGCGAAGUCGAACGCUUCUUUAAAAAGGGGUCGAGCUGGGCCUGAUCGUUCGGCUGAGACGAGUUCGCCGCUCUGAGGCCCGCGCGGCGCGACUGCGCGCAUCGUCGUACGGUCGUCGACCUCGAGUGUGCAUUUUUAUAAUUUGUACGUUUUAGUUUGUGGACUAUAUCGCAUAAGUAUUAUCGCACCCGCACACGUAUACGCGUCUUUGCGAGACCGUAUGGUUAUGCAGUUACAUACACACACAUACACACAACACAUACACACACACACACACACAUAAUACACACGCAGAUACGAUACAUACAUCAUCACGUACGCGCCGCGCACGAGAUAAAUGUUAUCGACCGCCCUCUGAUUUAUAUACACACAUAUACACACACGUACAAGUGAAUACGCAAGAUUUCUUAGUAGAAUAGAUGCUUAGGCAUGUGUUAGGAUCUUAAUCGUAUAGUAAGCGACUAGAUAAGUAAUUGACUAGGAGAGGAAGGAGUGAGAAUCGUUGAACAUAUCGCUAAUUAAAAAGUUUGCAACCGUGCGGAGCGCGUGCGCGCGAGAAGUUUCUAUCAUUUGCAGCGAAUCGGCGGGUACUACUCGAAAUGCCUCGAGGACGAUUCACGUCAAUGGAUGAUAUCUACGCGAACGGAGAAAGAUAUCCUCUCCCUCUCUAAGCCAAAAAUAGAUCCAUCGCGACCCACAAUCUGCCCCGCCGAGAGUUCCUGUUAUUCAAAGCAUUCCUUCGAUAAUCGACUUCGGUUGUGAGAGGGUGCCCCGUAAAAAAUAAGAGAGUAUUUCAAGCAAGUGCCGAAAGAUAAUUAGCGUCCGAAGAGAGAUGAAUUUAUUUGCAAUCUUUGAAUUCUAAUUAUCUGAGGAAAGGACGGAAAGCGUCAGAUUCGAAUCGAGUGAGAACGAAAAAAAUUUUAUAGCGACAUGCAAGAUUAUUUAUAAAUUGAUCGGAUCAGUUCUUGAGGAGCUUGAGGUGUUCUCGCCGAGAAGUCGCGCGAAGCAGAAGAUGCCGUUAGACGAAGGCGAGGAUUCUCGGUGUCGCUUUUAUCAGAAGAUGAAAAUUGUCCACAAUUAUAAUAACGUACCGCGCGCGCCCCGGCGAAACCCGUAGCUUUUUGUCUGAUCGAUGUUCUGUUGAAGUCAAUUAAAUUUUACUGAUAUAACAUAACUGAUUGUAGGGAGAAGUAGGGAGAGGAAGGCAGAGGCGCGUGUUAGAAAGAGCUUGUACAAUGGCGUAACUGAGUGAGCGAGCGAGCGAGAGAAAAAAAUUGCGCGAGUGCGAGAGAGAGAGAGAGAGAGAGAGAGAGA